UAGACACUUCGCUUUCUUCUCUGUAUAAGUUGUCAGCCCUCUCGAGUUCAAAGUUUAAGGUUUCUUCUUCUGUCUUCGCAUCUGUAGCAAGUGGGUUGAAUUUGUGGUUUGAGAUCUCCACUGGAAUUAAUUGAGUAGCAAAAGGGGUUUUCUAGGGUUUGGUAAGAGGAUGGAUAGGAUUAGCAAUCUACCAAAUGAGAUUAUUUGCCACAUUGUAUCUUUCCUUUCUGCAAAGGACGCUGCUUUCGCAUUGGUUCUGUCAAAGAGGUGGCAGAAUCUCUUUACCAUUGUACCAAAUCUUGAGUUUGAUACCUCAGUCAAGAAUCAAGGGAAUUUGAUGGAGUUUGCGGAUGGAGUAUUGGCUCUGCCGGCCAGUUCUCGUAUAAGGAGUUCCUCUCUAAAGUUUCGAAGAGGUGUUGACCCGACUCAUUAUGAUGAUCUCAACUGUUGUAUAUGUGCUUUGCUAAACCGUGGUAUCUUGGAUCUUGAACUAGACAUAUGUGCUGGGAGACCAUAUUCACUACCUCUUGAGGUUUUCACUUGCAAAACACUCGUUAAACUGGAACUUGGAGGUAAUUAUGGUGGUUUUGUUAUUGAUGUUGUCCCUGAGAAUGCUUUCCUACCAGCACUUGAAACCCUCGUUCUUACCUAUAUUCGGUUCAAAGAUCUCCGCGGUUGUGUGUUUGAAAAGCUUCUUUCUGCUUGCCUUGUGCUCAAGGAACUAGUCAUUGAAAAUAUGGAAUGGGAACGUUGGAAAUGGUCUGGCAACCUAUCCAGUCCAAGUCUUCAAAGACUUACUAUUAAUCAUGGAGAUUUCUAUCAGUGUGAGUUUACGAGAAUAAAUUUGGAUACUCCAAGUCUUACCUAUUUAAUGUUGUCUGAUGUUGUUCCGGAUGACUAUCCAAUUGUUAAUCUUGACUCCCUUGUCGAAGCUAAGCUCGAUCUUAUGUUCACGGUAGAUCACAUCUAUGAAGGAUUUGUAAGUGACUAUGAUACUAUCUCUAGCGAUCCAACAAAUCUGAUCAAGGGGUUAAGAAAUGUUGAAAUCAUGAAUUUACUAUCUCCUAAUACUUUUCAGGCAUUUUCUUACUUCCAUGAAGCAAUCCCGGUGUUUGAAAACCUAUAUCAUUUAACUAUCACAUGUGAUGAUAAUGGGUUCUGCUGGGAAUUUCUACCAUUUUUGCUAAAGAAGUGUCCAAAACUAGAGGCUCUUGUCAUCGAUGGCCCAUUGCACUACGAUGAAGACCGACCUAAAUCUGUUUGCGACUGUUUGUCGGGAUAUUCUUUCUUAUUGUCAUGUCCUCUAGAGGUCCUACAGAUAACCAACUACAGUGGAACUACUGGAGAAGUGGAGCAACUGAAGCAUUUUCUAGAGAAACUGUCCUGUCUCAGAUUGGUGAAACUUCAUUGUCCGAAAAGACAUGGUGGCGACAAGAAAAAGUUAUUAAUGCUUCCCAGAGCUUCCUCUAAGUGCAAGAUCAAGGUCACGUUUUCUUAAAAGCUUUGCUCCUCCUAGUUGCAUCUAUCUGUUGUAUCUUUUUGGAUAGUGAACACUCUUACUCACUUAUAUCCUCUGUUAAUCUUUUGUCGGAUUCUCUUUGUUGUCCUAGUUUGAACUUUGAACUUGUUAACUUUCUGGAGCCUGUUUUGAUUCGACUUUCAUUUGUAAUUUGCUUUGAUGGAUU